AUGGAGAAUUUAUCAUUAUUACCAAUGAGCUGGAUGCAAGGCUAUAAUGGUGGCCCUAUUCACUUUAUCGAUGAAGUCACUAUUUGCUUUCUGGCUGGAAGAAAUAUAAAGUUUAUAAAUACAGAAACCAAGGACCAAAAUUAUCAUUACCUUAACGUUAAAAGUGUUGGUCUAUUUACCGUCUCUAAAGAAUAUCAAGUUUUUGCGUACUCGGAGAUUGGCUUAAAUCCAAGCAUUCAUAUUAUUUCAUUUCCAAAUUUUGAAGAGAAAUGUGUAAUUUCAGGUAUAGCAAAGUUGGAAAUAUCAGCAUUUACUUUUUCAACGUAUGGAACAUACAUUUCUUUCAUUACUGGUGUACCUGACUUUCUGAUAUCCGUUUGUCAUCACCAAAUCACCAUGUGGAAUAUUGAACAAGCAAAUGACAAAUAUUUAUUGAGUGGACACAAUAUUACUCUACCGUCUGUCGAUGAAGUUGGAAUCGUCUCAGCAGACAGUAAUCGAUAUCUCCAAACGCGCCAAUCGACACGAUUAUCCAGUGCUGUUACAACUAUUUCUAAAUCAGUACGUGAUAUUUUAGCUGGAACUGCGGCUAAAGCGAGACGAGAACAGAAAAGCAAGCACUUAGUUGUCCCUGUAUCACAUUGUUGGUCGGCCAACAGCAAUAUUUAUAUUGGCUGUAGAGGUGGACAACUUGUCAUUAUUGAUGCUACUUAUAAUAGCACUCUGAAUAUUUUAAUUAAUCCGCGGCAUAAGCAUACCAUUCCAUCUGUUCCGACUACACCUUUGAGCAAGCCUAGUAGUGCCGCUGCUAGUCGUAUUGAGCAAGAUAUCGAUUUAAAACUUGGGCAGACACCUUCACCAACAUUUGAUUUAAUUGGACCUGGAGCCUUUAGUUGCCUUUCACUCCAUAAAGAUGGACUAUACGCUGGUGGAACUGAUGGAGCAAUCCGUACACUUGAUGUAACAUUAGAUGAACCAAGAAUAUUGGAUCAAAUUGAAAUUGGCCGUGAAAUUACAUCCUUGACCUGGUCAUCUGACUUUGAAAUUCUUGGUGUCGGGAGUCGUCAGGGCACGAUUCAUUUUAUAAGAAACUGGAAUAUACCAAAUGCAAAUCUAUUGCUGGAUCAUCAUUAUGGUAAAUUUGUUGGCCUUGAAUGUAUCUAUCCAGAAAAUGACUAUUGCGUGACCAUUAGAGCAAACGGAACUUUGCAGCUAUGGGCAAUUCAGGAGCCUUCGCUUGAUGCUACCUGCUUUAUAGGAUGCCAAGCUAGUUGUUUGGUUUCAUGCCCAUCAUCGAAAACGGUCACUAUUGGAACAGAGAAUGGCUAUAUCUUCAUAGUUGAUAUUAAUGAAAUAAGAUCGCCUAGAAUUAUCUAUCGUAAUCGUCUAUUUCAUUCCUGUAUCACUAAAUUAGCUCAUGAUGUACAAGGGCGAUACCUCCUGGCUGGGUCUAAUGAUGGCAAUUUAUUCAUCUGCAGUGCUCAUGCUACAUCGAAAUUUCAAGUCUACGGCUAUUUAGCUAUAUCUGGCAAUAUUACUGAAAUUACUACCUAUACCGAUGAAAAUGAUACAAUUCAAGUAGCUGUUUUGCAUAAUGACAGCAUGUUGACAUAUUUCAAUCUUUCAGGUUUAGAUCAUAAUCAAGAUGUCUUUGCGACUAAAAGUGGUCAAAUUAAAGAUACUGCAGUUAAUCGAGUAGAUUUCAAAUUGACAAGUGCAAUGAAAGGAUUGCAGUUUACCGCUGCUAAUACGCUUGUAGCAUUUGAUGGUAACUCCAAAGAAUUAAAAGAAAUUGAUGUACAACGAGGAGAUGGUCAAAAAGUCAGAUCUAGCUGGAAAAUCAAUCGAACAUUUUCGUGUCAUCAAUUGCCUGGUGGUGGUGUUUUCAUUUCUCGAAACGGCGAUUUAUUAAUAACCUGGUCUCAGGAUGGAUGUGUUGCAGUUUGGUCAUUGCCUUCCAUGGAAAAAGUUGGUUGCUAUUAUUGCCAUGAUUACCACCGUGGUGGAGUAGCUGCUGCUAUUAUUACGGAUGAUUGCCAACAUAUCAUUACGAUUGGCGAUUCCGAUAGUUUAUGUUCAUGGUUAUUAAACUAUGGGAAUUCCAAGAAAGGCGUAGGGACUGUAGAAUCGCUGGAGUUAGAACGUCUGCAGCAAAAUCAAAUUAUUUUAAAAAUGGAAGAGUGGUGGGGUCCAGUUAGUGCAAGUGAGAGUGAUUCGCCAGAUUAUCGAAGUCGUAGUGAAAUGGGUCGGCAAAGUAGUGCAGAUACGAUUUAUUGUACACCAACUCCAGUACCAACAUCAGAUCAUAGUUGGCUGGAAAGAUUAAUUAUGGAGACUCAACGAUCGGAUGAUAAAAAAUAUAGUGACGAAAAACGAGCAAUUCGUGUUGCAAUACGAGAUUUGAAAAGAAAGGUGAAAGAGCUAAUCAUUAAUAAUGAAAACAUGCCCGAGAUUGAUCGAUUACAAAAUUAUGAAUUUACAUUGGAUGUUGAGGAAAGGCAAAGACUUAUUGAAGAGUCGGAUAAAGAAGUUGAAAUGGUAAGACAAGAUAUUAGAUUAAAGAAUGUAGCCAAAAAGUAUCACCAGCAAUUAAUUAAAAGCGAGUGCUGGGAUCAAAUGGAAAUACAUGGGAAAGCAAUACAUGCAUUUAAAUCCAAUGUGGUGGUAAGCAAUUAUCCAAUGAGGAAAAGAACGGAAACUGAAUUAGCCGAAAUUGCUUUUGUUAAUUUACAACGUAAAAUAGAAAUUGCUGAAGCAUCGCUGCAAAAAGAAAUUAUUGGCUAUUCAAGUAAUAGCUUAACUGCAGAGGCGGCUGAAAAAGCAGAUGAGGAAGAAGUUAAUGAAAACAAUAAGGAUGAUUUACAGCAUGAAGGUGAUUCCGUUGCAUUGCAUGGCAGUCGGGCAAUUGCUUAUGGUGGAGGAAAUCCACUUUUAUAUUCUCAAUUUCAAUUGCAUAUGGUGCAAGAAAAACGCGAUCAAAUAACUUUGAUAAAGGAUAGCAUCUAUUAUAUUAAAGCCAAAUUUAAUGAAGACUUCGAAGAAGUAAUGAAAUCGAAAGCAAGUGAAAUCAAAAAGAUACAGGAGAAGAACGUGCGAAUGAGUAAAAUAGUAUCAGAUUUAAAAUUGAACGAAGAAAUCUUUCAACCAGAAAUGCAUAUUGAUGAAAAACCUGAGGAGUUACUAAAAGUUUACGAUCACGAGAUUAAAGGCGAAAAGUAUUUACCGCCAGAAGAAGUAGAAAUAAGAGAUCGAAUCAAACGCGAAGAAGAAGCAAGAAAAGCUACUGAGGAAGGGCAAAAUCCUAGAGAUCGAGCUUUGCAACAGAUGAUGGGUGGAAGAUUGGAAGCUAACCCAGAGGAGGACCUUUUCAAGGAAUUUGUUCGACCAGAUUUCUUGAAAAAACCACCAGAACAAAUGACUGAUGAGGAGGCUCGAAUGGCCAAAGAGAUUGAAAAAAAAGAGAAAUCUAUUGUAGAAGAAAGAGAGAAAUAUAAAAAGGCUUUGGAAACUGAAUUAAAGAAAUUACAAACUAAUGUGACUUCCAUUUGUGAAGCAUUCGAUGAUCGAAUUGCUCAACUAUUUGAAAAGAAAGUAAAUACGGAUAUGGUCAUAUGUCAGGAAGAAUUGAAAUGUUUGCGGUUAUAUUCGUCGCUAUUAGAGGAAGAUUCUAUGGAAAGGAAAGAGUCUGAAUUAAGUAAAUUGCUGGAAUACAAGAAACAACUGAAGAAUCAAACUCAUGCCAUGCUGACUGAUGUUAAACACGAAGUUGAUUUAUUCCAUGAAGAAUAUGAUAAAUAUGUUAACGAUGACAAGAACAUGGAUAAAGGAUUUCGUAAAGAAUUUGCUGAUACUGAACCCUACUUGGAUACAUUGCAUAAAUUAUUCCGUCGUCGACCUAGGGGGCAAAAGAAUUUAGUCAGGGUGUGCAAUGAUCCUCCAGUUGUUAUGUCGCCUAGUACAAAAAAUCCAUAUGCUCAUCCACCAGGCUCACAGGGUGGAGGAUUUGCAUAUUCUUCGGGCUUUUAUAAAGCAUUGGAUGAUUAUGAUGACAUAACUCAUAUGCCACAAGGGUUAGAUGUUCUGAUAUGGGAGCGUUUAACCGAAUAUCGUAGGAAUAAAAUUGAGAUAGAGCAAGAGGUUAAGAGUAAAGCUUUGACGUUAGCCGAAAUGGAAGAAUUUUUGAAGAAGCGUGUUAAAGAAGAUGAUGACUUGAGAGAAGAGAUUGAAAGUAUCCUUAGAAGCCUAAAGAGAAUUAAAGAUGAGAAAGUAAAGUUCAUGAUCAAUAUUUCAAUUCAGUUCUUAUUAAAGCAAGGCCAGGUUGAAGUUUAUAGCGAUGAUUUUGUCCCUGAUUAUUCUGAUAGUAUCUUGAUUCAUCGAUCUGUAAUUGAAGAUUUAAAUGCAACUAUUCGUCUCUUAGGUGAGGCUAAGGUUAGCAUUAUGAAUGACUGUAAGAACUUUAGAAAGAAUAUCCAUUCGUUGGAGUGGGAACAUAAACAGAUGAAAAUGCAAAUUGAAGAUUUGCAUACUAAAACCAAGGAUAUUCAACUUUUGCGUGUUACAAAGGAGUUGCAACAAUAUCUUGGUGACGAGGAUUAUCAGCAAAUUCAUCAGCAUGAGAUCCAGAUGCUGGAAAAUACUAUAGCAAAAUAUCAUCAUGCUCAUGAGCAAACAAUAAAAGAGCGUAAACGAAUGUUUACUCGCUUACAAAAAUUAGUCAAAGCCAAGCGUUCCGAAAAUGAUUCGGUCACUAAUCAACUAGACGAAUUAUCGCUUUCCUUGACAGAGAAGAAAUCAAUCUUCGAUGUUAAUGCUGGAGGUGAUAUUGAAAUCACACGUGAGAAACGCAGGAAAGAAAUCACAACUAGGCGCAAAUUAGUCGAUGUUGCUAAAAUUCAAGCUCAAGAAGUUGCUGUCUUAAGGGCUGAAGUGGAGAGGCUGCGCAUGAAAACUUUCCCAGCAUUGGUUCAAAUAGAUCAUUAA